CACGCUCUCUACCGUGCCUUUCUACGUCACCGUGUCCGCCGCCCACGAGCUGAGGCCAGCAAAGCCAAAGGCUCGUCAAGGCGACGCUUUGACUGGGCGAUUAUUGAAGUGGGAACUUUCGGAUCGGCUUGCGUUCGCCUAACUGAGUUUAAUCACAAAGUCCCACAAGCUUUGCCCUUCUGCAUCCCACCCGCUCGUCCCUCCUUCCUCCCGACCACCAUGGCCUCCCUCCGUUCCCUCCUUCUCCUCUUCGCCCUCGCCCUCGCUUCCGUUCUCUCCGUCGUUGCCCAGUCGUCUUCGUCAAACUCGUCCAGUUCUACCAGCUCCUCAUCGCUCUCGCAGACGACCUACCUCACCACCAGCUUUAUCUCUACGACUAUCGCGACCCAGUCCGGAGGCUCGACCGUCCAAGUGCCUACGUCCGUACCCACCACGCUCAAUGUCACCUCCACCAUCACCCCCACCUCUACCUCCGCCUCCGCCACUUCCUCCGCAUCCGCCUCGGCCACCGCCACACCCAUAACUCUCGCCACCGUCCUCGAUCCUGCCUUUGGUGUCCUGGGAGGUCUGCUCAUCAUCACCGGCCUGCCCAGUGCUUUCUUGGGUCACAAGAACCGAUGGUCGUCCUUCUUCCUUAUCGGCUGCUAUACCCUCUCCCUCGUCUGCUUCGUCCUCAUCCUCAAGUUCGGGAUAUUGAACGCCGUCAAUCCACCCAGUAAGACCCUCCGAGGCAUGUUCGUGCUCGCGUGUAGCGUGGCUGGCAUCGCCGGAGGGGGUAUCUCCAUCUUUUUUUGGAAGGCGACGCGGUUCUUUAUUGGCGCCUGGGGCGGCUUUGCGUUCGCGCUUUGGAUCGAAUGUUUCAGAGACGGCGGCCUCAUACAUACCAUCGGUCUCCGCUGGAUUCUCUUCAUCGGAUGCGCCGUUGCGGGCUUUGUGCUCUGCACCAUCCAGAAGAUUCACUAUCACGUCGUUUUGGUCUCCACCGCGUUCGUCGGUAGCUCGGCCAUGAUGCUCGGUGUGGACUGUUUCACGUCGGCGAACCUGAAGGAGUUCUACAUUUGGAACCUCGGAUUCUCCUCGCUCUUCCCGAAAUACACCAACAACGGUAUCCAGUUCCCCGUCUCGCAGACGAUGGAGAUCGAGCUCGGUCUCAUCGGCGCCAUCGCCCUCAUGGGCGUCGCCGUCCAGCUCCGCAUCCUCAAGCUCCUCCAACGGAAACUGAAAGAGAUCAAGGAAGAGCAAAAACGGCGGGACGCGGAGAACGACAGCAAGGAGGCCGAACGCUUCUCACGCCUCCCACAGGAGCUCGCAGAGUGGGAGAAGGAGCACCCCAUCGACGGCAAGCACUGGCGUCAGAACAGCGAGUUCUCCUCCGUGCCCCUCAUGCAGCAUAAUGCGACGGACUCGCCCGGGACCCCCGGGACCCCUGAGCCGAUGUUUGCGCGUAAUCGGAAUCCGUCCGAGACGUCGCAGCUCAUGUUGGCCCCUCCCUACCGCGCACAGAGCCCAGGCGCGCUGCCUGCGCUCGAUCUGGGCCUCGACAUUCAGGAGGACGUCCCGAAGGGGUUCAUGGCAGAUGUUGGGGACGACACGAAGGAGUCCGCGUCGAAUGGGUCCGAGGCGAAGAAACGCAAGACGGAGCUCGAGGCAGAGAUCAGCACCCUUCGUCGGUCGAUCGACCUCUUGGGCGACUCGCAAGCCUCGUCCGCGUCUGGCUCUCGUCACCCCUCUCUCACCUCUCGUCGGACGCUCAGCUACGACCUCAACAACGCCGUCCUUCCUGCUGCUUCUCACUUACGCCCCCCCAAAGUGAACGAACAACGCAGCCGCGUGCAAUCCAUGGAACUGUCCACCCUCACCAGCAGUCAGCAGGCCGGGAAUUCCAUUGGAAGGCCGACGAGUGCGCCUCUGCGUAAUCAGGACGAUUGGGACGCGUACGUUCGCGAUCGUAAGAUCCUACAGCCACCCUCUGGUCCCUCGGCUCCGAUCGCGACGACGCCCAUCAGCAUGCCCAUGCCGGCACCUGCGCCACGUCUGACCGUUCCCCCUGCUGUGCAUGAGGCUCUCCUUCGGCGGGGUCAGCGCGAAGGUAUCUUGGACGGGGAAGGUGGUGUGCCUCUGGUUUCUCCGGUGAUGGAUGCUGAAGGGGCUCAGUUCUUGGGAGCAACGUCGAGACAUCGCCACCACCGCACGAACUCGUCGAAUGUGCCUCACAAUAAUAAUAACAAUGGUGGCAGUUCAGCCGCUGUGAACGUCUUGCCUCCCAGGAAAGGAACGUCGCCGAACGGUGGCAGCCCGAACGGACCUCAUCAUCCCCCUCGUACCGUCACUUAUGAGGAACUCACGGAGAGGCAUCGCGAGAAGCUGCGGGAGCUUCAGGCGCCACUCACUCAGGCCGAGAAAGAGCACGCCGAGCUCGAGGCGGCAAAGGCGAGGUGGGAGCGCUCGAAGGCGGUGGAGAAGCAGGCGGUUAUGAAGAGGCAGGCGGAACAGGCGAGGUUGAACGAGAAGAAACAGCAGCAGCAGCGGACGGGUGCUGGUGCUGGUGCUGAGGACGCGCAAGGGCACGGCGAUAAAGGAAAUGCGCAUUCUCGCUCACCGAGCGCCGGUGUGGGGAGGCCCGUCACGCAUACGAAGAGGCUGUCGACGAUGAAGGUCGAGGAUUGGCAGAGGUAUCAGUCGGAUGUUGAGUUGCAGCGGUCGACUCAACAGCAGCAGAAGCCUUCCCCGAGUCGUAGACAGAGCGCGGUGCCGUUCCCUGAUCAGCCGAGGGGGCAGCAGCAAAGGCCUAACCAUGAGCGGAAGGGCAGUCGCGGUCUCUCGGGGGUGUUGCCGCCGAACUGAUCGUUUUUGUGAAUUGUGACCACCGCGGUGCAUAGUGGAUUUAUUGGUCACUUUGUUCAUGGACUGCACGUAACCUUUUCAUUGUUGUUUCUUGGUACAUUGUACGUUGACGUCGCCGUUGACAUUGUUCGGGUAUCGGUUUUCGGAUUCUUUCUUGGCUCGCUUCCCCUCUCUUUCAGUACGUUAUCCUCUUUCCUUCGCUUCCUUCAAUUCGUCCAUGUCAAUGCGCUACCGUCGCCCGCCAUGACCUGGUAUUCUUUUUUUGUUGCAAAAACCCUAGUCCUCUCCUUCCAUGUCACUCUUCUCCUCUACUCUUGGACUUUCAUUCAUUCUCUCUCUCUCGGUUGUUCGGUUUAUCUUAAUCGAUAGCGGAAUCACGGACAGCACAGUAACCAGUAACUCAAUCUCUUCCUCCAUACCUCCCCUCCCUUCCCACCACCAACCCCUUUCUCCCCACACCACAUCUGUUCAUCACUCAUGACAUCUCACCUCACCUCACAUCCGUCUAUGGACCCUCUGCACUUUUAUAUUUCUGAACAUCCGAAUGUUUGUCGCAGCAUCACGCAUCGUUAGUUAGUUAGUUAGUAGUAGUUGUACAUACUUUCUCCUUGUCACCUCCAGUAGUCCAGUAGUAAGCAGUUGGUCGAACCCGUCCUGUCCCCCUCACGCCCCCCUCGUUUAGACGUUCGAUAUUCAUGUAACCCACCAUAUCCCAUAUCGAUUCUUCCGGACACAUUUCUCACAUUACGGUCUGAACCAUUAUUAGCUACAUAGCAUCAUCAUUCAUCUUUAUUUUGAGUACUCGAUACGUCGUACAUCGCGUUUGUGUUCUGUUCUGUUCGCAAAUAUACCUGUAAGGCGGGGGUUCUGACGCAGAGUCGACCCCGUCGUCAC